AUGGACGCGGUUUCCAUCACCAAAUACUCACUACGUUUGUGUUUCGGUAAGUUAACUUAGGGUAGGAAUACUAGUAAACGCAUAAUAGCAACUACGGUGUCUUUCUCAUUUUUUGUCCAGCUGGCGCAAAGUUUUGUUUUCCUUGGAAAUUUCAUCACAGUCAUCACUCUUCGGAUGUUUUUAAGUCAGUUUUAAGAUUAUGAUUUGACUUUUAUAAUCUCUUUGCCUCAGAAGUUUAACUGAGUUUACUUAUACCUUCGAAGACUGUAAAAUGAGCUCGAUCUUUUAGCAUCGUCAAAAUGUCUUGAAUUAAAAUUCUUUUUAACGCAGGGAAUGAACAUUGUGGUUUGUUCCUUUUAGGUUAUCUUAUCUGCUCAUUCCUGUUGACUCAUACCGAGGUAAGAAUUUGUCAGAACAAUAAUUCUGAGUUUCUAAUUGGAUUUAUACUAUGAUUGUUUACUGAUUAGGGCAGAUGAACCAACUGUUAGUGGUGAAUAGCCUAAUUAGCUAUGAUUGUAUUCAAAACCAUUUUCGUAGUAACGAAGAUUACUAAGUAUAAAAUAUUGUCUGUCAUCCGUGGGUUACGACAUGCACAAAGUAACCUUUGGUGUUAUUAAUUUAACAGUGAAACCUUUUUCCACUCUGACUAUGCCAGAAACAUUUUCGUAAAUUUUCCGUUCAGAAUUGUUAUGAUAUUUCGGCCUUACAGUUGAAAACUUAAAUCAACGACCGCGCUUUGUAGGCCCCCUGAAACGCUUUUUUGUAUUUUUCACGCACUUUUUCGACAAUCUGUCGCAAUAAUUGAGUGAACGUUAUUAUAUUGAAGACGUAGAGCUCUCAGCAUACUGUAAGUCCGCCGAAACAAUGAAGUUUCGAAAUAGUCCAUUCUGUAAGGAGACAAUCUAGCAACUUUAUUCAAGCCGUCUUAUUUGAUGUUAUCUGUCCGGCCGAUUUAAACACAGAAAUCAUUCUCUAAAAAACAUGCUUAUUCUAGAAACGGCAUGUGUGUGGAAUGGUUUACUUCGCCUACUAACAUCAUUUUAGUAUGACAGAAAGUUGUAGCCACAUGCCAGGUUUACAUGCGUUACAGGACCUUUUUAGGGGGGUUGAUGAUAAAAACUAAAAAUCUGAAAUUUCUCGCAUCUAGUGUUAAAUCAAGGAUAUUUAGACAAAAUGUUGUGCUUUGCUAUCUGUCUAUUCAAUAAAGAAGUGAACGGUAGGGCCAACGCCCUUAUUCCAACUACCUCUGUUGAUUGAUAAAUAUUACAGUAACUAAUUUGGGUUUAAAAUUGGGAUCAGUUUCGACGGUACUCGGCUACUCUGAGGUACACCAGUUAGUAGCAUCAUGCUCUUGAUUUUCAAUGUUCUUCUCAAAGCUUUUUAAAAUUUUCGUCCAGUUGUAUCGGUCUAGAACACUUACAUAAGAAGUAAAAUCCACGAAUCAUUUUCAAUUUUGUUAAGAUUUAUUCUGGAAGAACUUUUUGUCGAAAGUAAAGAAAAGUAUACGCUUAAAAUUCUGAAUUCAGGCGCGCUUCACUUCUGAAGAUAUAACCUAAUUUAUGAAAUAAACUAUUGGCUUUAUUUUCAAUUACCUUUACAUUGAGAAUAAGUACGAAAAUAUGCAGUCAUUCGUCAUUUUAUUGGUACUCUUGUAAAAGCAGUCAAAUAAAGGGCUCUACUCUCGUAGGUAAUUGAUUCUCGCGGUGUGAUAGGCGUGGGUUAAAGGUAAAUUUAGCGAAUUUUACAAGUUACAUAACGACAGGCAAGCCUGUGUUUUUUAAACAGCCAUAAUUGUAUUUUGCUCCGAGCUGAAGGAGUCAUCCAUACUGUGUUAUUCAUAAAUAAAAGUAAACACAAUUAAGAUGUGUUGGUAGAUUUCAAAUAAUUCCCUGUGACCCAACUGUGAAAAUCUCGGAGCCUCGGUGGCAUACGAACGCACGACAGUAAAGGAGGCUUUAGUACAGUAAACGAGCAACGAUGUCCCAUCGAAUGUUGUUGUUUAUUGUAAUUUUUCAACACUCUCGGUCUUUAUUUUGAACUCUUGCAAUUUACCUGCGAUAAAGUGCACCUGUAACAAAAAAUUAUAAAAGUGACCUGUCACUUGCCGAGGUUGAUCACUCAUUGUAUCUAGAAUCCGUUGUCAAGCUGCACAGAAGACUUGUUAUUCAGAAUUAAGAUCCUAGAUUUUUUGCCACAAGCUACUUCUACUAUUUUAUGUUCGAAAAAACAAAACCUAACUGCUAGGGCAAAACGUUAUAUUAGAGUGGCUUUAAGCGUGAUUGCUUAGUGCUAAAGUAUAUGUAAACAAAAGCAGAUACAGCAGUCAUAUUUGCACCGACUUCUUAGAUCAGGUAUCACAUAUAUAAUGGGAAUAUAUUAGACGAUAAUUGUAUACUCCUCCAGGUUCAGUUAAUUCUGGACUACUGCACGAGUCAGUUACCUCUGUCCCAGUAAUAGUUUUGCUAAAUUCUGCUAAAGGCUCUUGUUACAAAGCAAUAAUGAUUCCCUUCAUUCCCUUUUUUAAAGGCACUGGCAGUUGGACCACCAUACUUACUGGACGACGAGCCAGCGGCGGAUAUGCCAGGGUUGACCAGUUACUUAGUGGAACAUAAACGAAAACUGCCCUAUCUCCUCGGUGGCAUUCGCUACAAAAGGUCUCAUGAGCGUGAAUUCGGACCGAAAAGGGCGCUGGAAUACCUCACUGGGGGUAUACGGUACCGUCGAUCUGGAGAGGAAUAA